AUGGAUGCACCUGCUCCUAGCACGAAGAAGGAACUCCAAUCAUUCCUGGGAAAAGUAAAUUUUCUAAGGCGCUUCAUCUCUAACUCGGCCGGCAAAAUUCCGCCAUUUACUUCACUUUUGAGAAUCAAGGCCGACGAUGAGUUUGUUUGGAAAACAGAACACCAAGCGUCAUUCGACCUACUUAAGCAGUACUUAUCAAACCCACCCGUCUUGGUACCCCCAGUGCGUGGAAGGCCUUUGAAGCUAUACAUAUCGGCAUCGGAUAACUCAAUAGGAAGCCUACUAGCGCAAGAUAACGACAAUGGCAAGGAAUGUGCUGUUCAUUACUUGAGUCGGAUCCUCACCGAUGUGGAAACUCGGUACACGCCUAUUGAGAGGCUCUGUCUUGCAUUAUUCUUUUCAGCCAUCAGGCUUCGGUACUACAUGUUACCCUCGGUCGUCCAAGUCAUAUCCAAGACCGAUUUAGUAAAGUACAUGCUGACUCGGCCAAUCAUACGAGGCCGAAUUGGAAAAUGGACCAUGGCGUUGUCUGAGUUCACGUUUCAAUAUGUGUCUCAAAAGUCAGUCAAGGGUCAAGCAUUGGCUGACUUUCUUGCUCCUCACCCUUCGACCGAGUUUGAGGGAGCUGAGGAGGUUGAUAUUGGGAUCAUAUAUGUGGCUUCCAUGACCAAUAACCACUGGACCAUGUAUUUUGAUGGGUCUAGUACUGAAUUUUCCGCCGGAGCUGGUGUUGUCAUUGAAACGCCUGAGGGACAAAAGUUCCAGUUCGCUUUCCAACUAGACUUUACAUGCACAAACAAUCAGGUGGAAUAUGAGGCUCUUUGUGUUGGUCUGGAGAUUCUCCAAGAGAUGGGAGCACGACGAGUUCUGGUGUUCGGGGAUUCUCAAUUGGUCAUUAACCAAAUGAAUAAGGAAUUCAAAUGCACAAGCUGGGGACUUUUAUCCUAUCAUGCUUUAGCUGACCAGCUCGCCAACACGUUCGAUCGAAUCUCUUUCGCCCACCUCCCAAGGGGACAGAACAUGGAGGCCAAUGAGAUGGCCCAAUUAGCCUCAGGGUUACGGAUCCCCGCAGGAGACGACUCCCGAGUCAUCAAGAUUGCCAAACGUACCCUCCCGGCUUUAGAAGAGAGAGGAGUCUCAGAGGAUGUUUUUGUUAUCGACAUCGAGCCAGAUGAUUGGAGACUCCCCAUUAUCAAGUUCCACAAAAAUCCUCAAGGUAAUCAUGACCGGAAGACUCGGUACUUGGCUGGACAUUUCGUUAUAUACAAAGAAGCAGUGUACCGCAAAAGCUCCGAUGAUCUACUCCUUCUUUGUAUAGGGGGGCAAGAGACUUUGGAAGUCAUGAAAGAUGUCCACGAGGGAAUAUGUGGUGCACAUCAGGCCGGAAUCAAAAUGAGAUGGUUAAUUCGAAGGCACGGCUUCUACUGGCCAACAAUUUUAAAGGAUUGCAUUGAAUUCGCAAAGAGCUGCAAGAAAUGUCAAAUUCAUGCGCCGGUGCAAAGAGUUCCGGCCGACGUCCUCCAUCCAAUUGUUAAGCCAUGGCCGUUUCGAGGUUGGGCCAUGGAUAUUAUAGGGAGUAUUAGACCACCAUCAUCAAAACAACACGUAUGGAUUUUGGUUGCCACUGAUUAUUUCACUAAAUGGGUAGAGGCAAAACCAUACGUUACUAUUUCUAGUCAGACAGUGAUCAAAUUUGUGGAGGAAAACAUUAUACACAGGUUUGGGAUACCUGAAACCAUAACAGCUGACAGGGGUUCGGUUUUCAUAGCCGAAGCAAUGCAUGAACUCACAGGUAGUCUGGGUAUCAAGUUGACUCACUCGACACCUUACUAUGCCCAAGCAAAUGGUCAGGCCGAAGCCAGUAAUAAAGGCAUUAUAAACAUACUCAAGAAGAUGGUUCAAGAGAAUCCCAGAGAUUGGCACAAUCUGUUAUCAGAGACCUUGUGGGCUUUUCGAACGUCCAAACGUACAGCCACAGGGACAACGCCUUUUGCGCUAACGUAUGGGCAUGAUGCUAUGUUACCUGUUGAGGUGAAAUUGAAAUCACUUAGAUUCGCUGCUCAAAAUGAAAUGGUAGCUGACGACUACACUCAGGCAAUGAUUCAGGAACUUGAAGAACUUGACCAAGAACGAAUGGACGCUUACAACCGAAUGGAAGCACAGAAAAAGGCUGUGGCCCGUGCGUACAACAAACUAGUUAAGUGUCUAAGUCAUUUGCUGAGGAAGAUUUAG